AUGGAAAUUUCGAAGACUCAAGCAACGAGUAUGUCAAAGGACACUAAUAGUCAGCAGGUAGUGCGUGUAAAAAGCAAUCCAUAUUUUAGUCGGAAAUCAAAGGGAUUCGUACCACAACGUUCGCAACAACGUUCUAGUUCAUACCAAGGUUUACCGCAAGCAGGCUCGUCAUCUGGAAGGCGAAUCAGUCCUCAACAAACCAGCAAGAAGUGUCGUAACUGUGGAGGAAAAUACCCACAUAUAUCACGUUGCCCCGCGCUUGGAGCAGAAUGUAAUUAUUGCCAUAAGAAGAACCAUUAUAUAUCUGUUUGUAGAAAACGUAAGAAGCAGGUGACAUUGAUCGAGGAUGAACAACCGGAUUUAGAAAUUUUAACAGAUGAAUACGCGACUGAUUGCAAUUCGGAUGAAUGUGAUGUGCUAUUUGGAUUCAUGUUAGAUAGAAAGAAAGUGCCAAAGACAAGAAUAAAAUUAAAUGGUGUAGAUGUGAAUGUUUUGGUUGAUAGCGGGUCAUCGAUCAAUAUUGUCAGUGAAAUUGUCCUUAAGAAAAUGAAAAAAUCACCGGAAAUCAAGAAAGCGACCACGAAAGCGUUCGCAUUGGACAGAAGUCUCCACUGCCAUUCCAAGAUACAAUCUGUACAAACCAAAGACGAGUAUGAAGGACUUACUGAGGAAUACGCGCAAGUUUUCACUGGGUUAGGAUGUCUGAAAGACAGAAAAGUUAAGUUUCACAUUGACGAAAGUGUUGUGCCAGUAGCUCAGCCUCCUAGGAGAGUGCCAUUUCAUGUUCGUGAGCAAGUUGAGCAGGAACUUAAAAGUUUGGAGGAUAUGGAUGUUAUUGAAAAAGUGGAAGGUGUGCCAACACCAUGGGUAUCGAACCUGGUAGCUGCUCCAAAACCAAAUUCACCGGGAGAAGUAAGAGUGUGCAUAGAUAUGAGGAAAGCCAACACCGCAAUCAAAACAGAGAAAAAUGUUAGUCCGACGGUUGAUGAUAUAAUCUUAACGUUGAACGGCGCAAAAGUGUUUUCGCGUCUCGAUCUCUACAAAGUUUUCCAUCAAAUUGAACUGGAUGUCAUUGAGUCAUCACGUGUAAUGACAACAUUUCAGACACAUGUUGGACUUUUUCGAUAUAAACGUUUAAAUUUUGGAGUGUCAGCAGCACCGAUUCUGUUCCAAAAUGAGCUUCGUCAAGCACUUCAGGGUCUGACAGGCGUGUUAAACAUUGCUGACGAUAUCGUAUGCUACGGCAAAACGCGUGAAGAACAUGAUAUCAAUCUGCGAGCAUUAUUUCAACGUCUUCAAGAACGGAACCUGACAUUGAACAAGAAAAAAUGUUCGUUCGGACAAUCAAAAAUCAAAUUCUACGGAUACGUGUUUUCGGAAUCGGGAAUUUCACCUGAUCCUGACAAGGCAGAUGCAGUAAAAAACAUGGACAGACCAAAAUCUGUAUCCGAAAUCCGUUCAUUUCUUGGUCUCACAAACUAUUUGUCUAAGUUCAUAGAUGGCUAUUCAGUCCUAACGGAACCAUACGACGACUUACACAUCAGGAUGUAA